GUGGCCGCGCUGGAGGUGCCUGUGCUGGAGGUGAGACGUCUGAACAUGUCAGGAGGCGGCUGCCACUUCCUGAUUCACUUUCCUGCCUCAGUCCUGGAAUUACCCACUGGGUGGAGAGAGCUCUCAGAUGAUCUCCACCUUCCUCCAUAAGGAGCCUACUUCUUCUCUGGAUGCACAGAAGAGCUGUGGUGUGUGUGGUGGCCCUCGUCACAAGCCUGGUCCUUAUACCUGUCAUCUGCGUCGCCCGCUCUGCCAACAUACCCACUUCACAGAAAGCAACUAUGAAGCCCGGAAGACCCUCCUGGAAAAAGCUGCAGCCCCCAGACAAAGAAAUCGUAGCGGAGGUGGCGAAGCAGCUGCGCCUGAUCGGCGACAAAUACAAUAUGAAGCAGAAAAUUCUCAACAUCGUGACCAAGAUCCUGAGUCCGGGAACCUGAUUGUGCGUCACCAGUAUGGAUAAAAAAGCAAAAAUGGAAUGAAAAUGCUACAAAAAAUUAUCAAAAUGGGAUACACGCUCUACAGGGGGGCGCCCGAGGAGGCACCUGCUCAAACGGGAUACUCGUUGAUGGGAUGAGGCCUACGUGCCGCCAUGAUAAAAGCUGUUUUUAUUUACAAGCCGGAGUGUAUAUAGAAGGAGCAGUUUCGGGGGAUCAAGAGUGGCCUCAAUUGCCGAGCAGUGGUGGAAACGAAACUUCGGAAAACAGACUGGACUUUAGACGGGAGAUUAACCAUUAACCGUCUGCCUGAACCCUACUGUAUGUAGUCACCUAUACUGGAGCGAAAUCGCAACAAAUGACUUACAUUACAGUCUGUGAAAUGGAUACAAUGUUUCUAUUGAUGUACAGGACUUAAAGGGGAACUCCACCAGAGUCACUCCAGAUGUAUAGUUUCAUUAUUCCGGCUCGUCUUUGAAGAAUUAAUGUUUGUUUCUAUUCUCGAAGACUCUCGUCAGUUCAGGUUUCUUAGACAUUAUUUAACUUCCUGUCUCGGUGACCACCCUUUGGGCACACGUGGCUAGGAGAAAUAGUCCCAGGAAGUGCUGUCUAAUAUACUAUAUCAGUUUGUUCUAAGUUCCUUGGUACAAGACAAAACAAAACAUAUUGAGGAUUUCGGAUAGAACAAGGGGGGGGGGAGGGGGUGCUAUCAGUGUACGGGGAGGGAGGCCUAGGAGGACAUGAUGGGAGAGAUGGCGGUGCUAAGCUUAGAGGAUGUUUAUAUGAUAUUAAAUAAAAAACGUAUUUCUACAUUUCCAUGUUAUUAUGAGAGCGUCUCAUCUAUUUAUUGUGUUAUAUUCUAUGUUUUUGUUGUAUUAAUGGACUGUUUUGUAAUUUUCUACAUUUGUAUGCUAAAAAUCGUUUCCGUGUGUUUACAAAAAUAAAAGAAAUUU